UUUUGUGCAGGUAGAAAUUAUUUCCCCGCGGUAGACUUGUGUGACAUUACAGGUGGAUAAAGGACGAUGUAAUGUUUGAGUCGCACGAAAAGGAAACAUGGAGUUUUGCUUCCUUCGUUGUCUCCUUUACGUCGUCCUGACGGCGUGGACUUCAGGAGACGAUGGACAGGUGACGUUUGUGUCCGAGCUCUCGUCCAAACCCGCACAGAAGUUGUCAAAGUACGGUUGGUACGGCAACGUGAGACUGCAGAGGUUUCACAUACCGGAGGAAACCGCCAUCGCUCGCUGGCUGUUCUCUGUCACCAAAGGCCACAACUUCAACUGUGGACAGCACAAUGUCACUAUCCACAUUCGAUGGGGUGCCCCUCCAGUUAUAAACCCCACAGGGUUGUUGUUUCCUAACGCAACACUUUGGAGCCCCAGCCUGUCUCUGAUCCUACCUGUGACAUCACACAGCUCCACAACCUUUAACCUCUCCAGUCCUGCUCCUGGGGAUUGGUACAUUGGUGCUCACUUACCUGAAGAUGAUGGGCGCAUUGAGCAAAAGGGCUUCCCGUCCUGCUCCUACUUCUUCCAGCCUCAGCUGUCAAUCAGGAGAGCAGUGGACACACCCAUUUUACAGCAGGGCACGCUCCUCCAGCAGACUGCAGCACCUGACAGACCUGCACGCCUUAAGUUGUAUAUUCCAGAGUUUGCCUCCUCUCUCUUCGUCUCUGUGGCUGACUGCUCCUCAGAGGACGGAGCAGACGUUGGAAACUGUUCCCUCGUCCUCAGGCUCGGCUCCUUCACUCCUCAGCACAGCCCGGCCACAGUGAACUGCUCAGGGAUCAGCUGUUCUGCCGCUCUGUCUCACCCACCGUGGGACACCUGGUUGCGGGUUGUCGUGGAGAGCGACCACAACCACACUGUGACCUUCAGUAUCGUCUCCAACUUCACAGUGGGAUGUAAGCCAAAAAGUGUCGGCCUCACAGCAGAUGAUGACAUCAACAAGCUCCGUGGCAACAGCAGCCAUAGCAACUCAACAUCAGCAGGAAAUAGCACGGUGGAUACGGAUGCAGUCGGCUUCGGAAACAAAUCGGCCGCUCUGUUAACGCCGUUGUUGGCGUCGGCGUGUGUGUGGAGCUUCCCCGUGCUCUACGAGGAGGUGGACAUUCUGUCGCUCCGAUUCACGCCGGUCAACGGACCCAACGUCAGCGUUUCAAACACACACCCUUCACUGCUCACAUACCCUCUACACACACAGGCCACUGGGGGAACACUGAACCUCCAGCUCACACUGAACACAACUAAUGUAACUCUGAGUAACAGCAGCAGUGUGGUGGCUUGUCUCUCUCCCUGGGCUCCAGUCCUGGAACUCAACAACUCUCAACCCUGUCGCACAGCUUUGUUUGGAGGAUACGGUGUCAGUGUGAAUGUCAGUACUCCUAAAGCUGUAGUCAGGCUGCCUUUCCCUCAGUCAACAACCUGGUACCUCACCCUGCAGCUCACAUGCAACAGCAGUGACUGUGGAAACACAUCAGUGGUGUCUGUGGUCCCUGAGGUCUCUGUCAGUGCCUGUGUGGAGGACUGUGGGACGUACGGUGAAUGUAGACUUCUGAGGUCCUACAGCUACCUGUACGCCGCCUGUGUCUGCAAGGCUGGCUGGAGCGGUUGGGGCUGCACUGAUGAUUCAUCAGCUCAGUCGUUCCUGCGGCAGGUGACAGCGACUCUUCUGCUCACGCUCAGUAACCUCUCCUUCCUGCCCGCCAUCGUGGUGGCAGUCAGACGCUGUUACAUCACCGAGGCCUCCGUCUACCUCUUCACAAUGUUCUUCUCCACGUUCUACCACGCAUGUGACCAGCCAGGUGUAGCUGUGAUGUGUAUAAUGGACUACGAUACCCUGCAGUACUGUGACUUCCUGGGGUCCGUCUGCGCCAUCUGGGUCACCAUCCUGUGCAUGGCUCGCAUCAGAGACACAUUCAAAUACACUCUGUUCAUGCUGGGAGCGCUGCUGAUUGCCAUGUCAAUGCAGCUGGACCGUAAAGGUCUGUGGAACCUGCUUGGUCCAGUCCUCUGUGCCAUCCUGUUCAUGGUCUCUGCUUGGGUGUACCGAGGCGUGCGACGCCGGCAUUGUUACCCUCCGUCCUGGCAGCGCUGGGUCCUCUACCUGAUCCCCGGAGCGCUCUGCGCCCUAAUCGGUGUGUGUUUGUACAUUUUUGCCGAGACAGAGGACAACUACUUCUACACGCACUCGCUUUGGCACAUCCUGGUGGCGAGCUGCGUUGUAUUCUUGCUGCCGCCCAAGGAGAAGAACAGGGAGGCAUUAGGGUGGAGCAGAGGCUGGAGCUGGACCUGGACCUGGAGCUGGAGACCCCGGGUCUGCGGGUACACGCUCUGUGAGAGCAGCAAGGAUGAACUGUACACUGUGACAUAGUAGAAGAGAUGCUGUGAGGAAGAAAAGUGACCAGAUGAUGAUUGUUAUACAGCAAGAAAAAGACAUUUACACUACAGAAAAAGACAAACUAGCCCUUUUCAGACUGCCGUUUCACGCCGUGAUGUUUAUGCCCCUAUGACAUUUUGUCUUCAAUCUGAAGGCGUAAAGGGGGUAGGAAGUGAUCCCACCUCUGUACCAUCUUCAGAGGUAGUAACAGAGGCAAGACUCUUUUUACAUCAACUGGAGACCUACAUUCUCUUAGGUCUACCUUUGUUAUAAAGUUUUAAAACUGAAUUUAAAAAAUAUCUCUAAAAAUGUGAAAUUGGCUUAAUAAAGCGGCCUGCAGACAAACACACACACACACACACACACACACACACACACACACACACACACACACACACACACAUAAAUUCCCCAUUUAACCCAAAUCAAAGCUGCUGAACGCCCGAAGGUAAUCUGUCUCACCUGUUUGGGGAAGAAAACUACCUGACCAUUGACCUCAUGACCAACAGUUUGUACAUAUUGGGUAUAAACAUUUUUAGAAGAGAAGAUACAUAACUGAACAGGGAAUAUUAAGCACUUUGUGGAACACUUGUAAAUCUUUAUAUCCAGCCUAUUAUAAAGUCUUCUGAUAAAGUAUAAUAUAUUUAUAGUUCAUGUAUACACUCCGUAUUUUUGUCUUUUUGUCUUUUUGUUAAUUCCACAGGCCUGCAAAAAGUGAAAACUAGUUUUGAAAAAGUUAUAAUCUGAAGGGUUGAAUUACAACAUUAGAAAAGAUGACAGAACACUUAAACUCAAGCUCCAUUUUCUGGAACUUAAAAAUCAUUGAAUGCGGCCUUGAUCAUCAGAGGAACUCUUCUCAAAUGUCUUCAUCUUCUAAACGUGCAGAUCUCAUUUUUCUGAGGGAAGAACUUUUUCCUGUCUGCCCUCCCCCCCAUGUUUCACAUCAGCUUCUGGACAUUGCUCCAUGUGUCUGUGGAAUAGAUAUUAAGGCCAGCUUUAAAUCAUUGGCUUUCAAUCAGGUCUAUAUAAUUGAAGUGAACAUAUGAAAGUGUUGUUCUUGGUAAACAGGGUGCUUCUGAUCCAGACAGACUUUUUAUUUCCUUUUUUUUUUUUAACCAUCUGUCUUAUUUCAUGCGUUUCUUUUUUGUUCUAAAACUGUUCCCACGUUAAGUCUGUUUAAAGAUCGAACAUAGAUCUAAGAAAGAUACGGGUUGAUAUAUCGGUAUCAAUUUUUUUUUUUUUCCCAAUAUCGAUAUCUGUAUCGGCCGGGCCCUACUUUUAUGAUUCAGAAGCAGAUUCACUAUGAACUGUACAUAGCCCAAGUAUGCAUGAAUGUGCAAUUAAUGAAUGUAAAUAAUUCACAUUACUGUGUCCAGUGCCUCCUCCUCAUCUGUGCGUACUGUAUGACUGUGCUUAGUCUCUUUCACCAGAAUACUUCAUUCACUUUAUUUAAUGUAAGGAAUUCUAAUUUAUAUGUCUUUUUGUUGUGUUUUUAAAGAGACUCAUAUGAAUAUGAUUUAUCAUUGUGAUUUUGCACCGGUUCAAAUUGAACGCCUCUGUCACCCUAACAAAGCCUUCCUGUUGUUGUUUGAAUUGUUUUCUUCUUGUGUGUUUGUGAAUGUGAAGAACUUCCUUUAGUGCUCACUUCGUGUUAUCACCACUACAUACAAACUGUAGCUCUCAAUAUUUAAGGAUGAAAAAUGCAUCUUACUUGUGCUGCACAGCUACUUUUCAAUCUCUUAAAAAAAUCAAUAAAAUAAAUCUUGUGUAAAGAGGAA